GGUACUGCUGGGAACAACCUUCUAAAACCUCUGGACCCGCAGAAGUCAAACAGGACAAACCAAGAUUCGGACCUUUAACACGAGUUGAGGUCGCUCCGAUCCCGCUCGGAGUCAGUUUCAGUUUGCGGUCACAUGCUGCCCUGGCGCUGCUCUGUAUUUUGUUUGUGGAGGACGGAAGCGUUUUAUUCCUCCGGUCGAUUCGCGAAUCCGCACCCGCUGACCAGGAUCUGUGCUCUCCACACAAGGGAAAAAGAAAAUCAGUUUUGCAGACUGGCGGAAUGGAAGCAGUCGCCCCGGUCAAGAAGUUCCCCGCAUUUAAACUGGACAUCAAUCCUCUGAAGGAGCCGCUCGGCUUUAUCAAAGUGUUGCAAUGGGUUUUUGCUAUAUUUGCCUUUGCCACUUGUGGAGGUUACACGGGGACGAGUAUGGCUUCUGUUAAGUGCCUGCAUGGCAAGAAAGAUCUGAUCUCCAUCAAUUUCAGUUAUCCUUUCAGGUUAAACCAGAUUUCCUACCGAGCACUCACCUGCAAGAAUGAUACUGUUUAUGAGACCCUGGAUCUCAUUGGAGACUUCUCAUCAUCCGCAGAAUUUUUUGUUGCAAUUGGAGUGUUUACUUUCCUCUACUGUACAGCUGCUCUAGUCCUGUAUUUGGGAUACCAGAGCCUCUACCAGCAGAAUAAGUACCUGCCAAUUGCUGAUUUCGUAGUGACAGCACUUUUUGCAUUCCUCUGGUUGGUCUCCUCCUCGGCUUGGGCGCAAGGUCUGACUGAUGUUAAGAGUAAUACAAGGCCGCCUGCCCUCAUCCGUUCUAUAAGCGCCUGCUACCAGAAGACUGUCGUGUGCACACCGGGUGCUCUGCCCCCAAUGGGGCGCCUUAACGCCUCUGUGAUAUUUGGCUUCAUGAACUUCAUCCUGUGGUCAGGGAACAGUUGGUUUGUGUUGAAGGAAACCUCGUGGCACAAGCCAGCCAUUCCACAGGAUGUUGCUGAGCAAGGCACCAAUGUGAAACACUGAUGUGACCUCUAACUGCUCUUCUCCAUGCCCCCUUCUCCUCCUCAUCCCCUUCCUCCCGUACCUCCUGUCAUUCUGUCCCAACAUUUCCCUCUCUCCUUCCCCCGCCACACCCAUCCCAACACCCUGUCGAUGUAGAACCUUGCUCAGAUGUCCCCUGGCAGAUUUAGGCAGUGCACUCCCUCUCCAAACACCUAACUCAAUGGUUAGAAUGAUCGGACACUUCAGAUCCAAUACCAGUCAGAUUUUUUGGAUGAUCGUUUCUGUCACUUUCAGUUUCUAACCUGUCCAAUGGGAUAAACUGACUAUGUAGGAAGUUGGUGAUCUGUGUAAGUCGCUACACUGCAGAAUGGGAAGGAGUUCGAUUGAGCUCUGGCCAUUUCGCACCACAACCCACUCCCAAUGAUGACCAGUGACUCUUGGACCUUAAGCAGACUUUUCACUCCCCCAGUCAUUCGCACAUUUAUAUUUCGUGCUUGUUACAUUUAAAUGGCUCCCAGUUGCUCGUUUCAUUGUAGCUGUGGGCUCGUAUCUUCCGAUGAGCUUCAACUUGUGCUAAUGCCAGAGUAGCAGCGGUGGUCUCAGAGGAGGCAAAUCCAUAUCUCGGCGCUGGAUACAAGUUCUGGGCGAACUGGGGCUUAAAUAUAAAAUGGAAUGGGAGAUCUUUCUAACAUUGCACAGAGACCCUCUGCUCCAUUUACAACCAUGGAAAAUCUUUGUUCAGCAACACUAUCGCUUCAAGAGAUCAGAGCGAAUCCUUCCACCAACCUAUGUGUGCUAAACACUUCUGAUUCCAGCUGUGCUUUUUAUUCUGCUUCCUGUCAAUGUGCAAUUGAACUCUAAGUGGCCUCCUCCCAUGAUUCUUGACAAACAGGGUUCCACGUCUAACAGGGUGGGGGGGUGGUGCGGUGGAGGGGGCUGUUUUUAGAACUGAGCAAUUUUAAAAAUUAUCUGUUGGUGUUGCUGAGGGUUAGCAGUCUAUCCAAUCAUUUAAAAUCCGAGCCCGUGGACUGCAAAGUGAUUGCUUCCGAUGCUGCGGAAAGACCAAUACGCAACCCUCGCAGCAGGUCUCAUAGGAACAGAGGUUACUGGAAAACCUCGGUAUGGGGGUGCAGGAGGGGUCACAGGAGGGUUCAGGAAUACCUGAGGGGAUGCAAAUUGACUUGAAAUCAGGUAAGGUGGUGGGGAGGCUGUUAAACUAAA